AUGAAAUACUCUGCGUUUCUGGCCGCUUGCGGUGCCGUUCUGGCCGCUUCUAGCCCCAUCCUUCAGGAGCGCCGCUAUGUUUACACGACUACGACUGUAGUUGAAUGGGUUACAGUCACGGUGACCGAGGGUGAUGCUUCGGAGCCUACUUUGUUCUUCCAUCGCCCGCACAACCGUCCCAAGCCGAAGACCACCAAGCUUCCGGCUCCUCCUGCUAGCACCUCGAGGGUUCCGUUGCCUCCUGCGUCGUCUUCGUCUUCGGUCGUUAUCCCUGUCCCUGAGGUCCCUCCUACCACGCAGCAGUUAACCCCUACUCCUACUCCUACUCCCACUCCGGAGCCUGAACCUGAGCCCGAACCGGAACCGGCGCCCGUGAUCGAGGAGCCCGUCAUUGAGGUGCCCCAGGACACGUCGACCCUUGUGCCUGCUCCGGCUCCUAGCACGACUAAGCAGGUGUCGCAGCCUACUAGCGCGGAAUACAAGGAGACUGCGCUCUAUCACCACAACGUCCAUCGCUUCAACCACUCUGCUGCUGCUCUCGAGUGGGACGAUACCCUUGCUAGUUAUGCUGAGACCCUGGCCAAGCGCUGCAAGUUCGGCCACGAUGUCACCAUUGGUGGCGGCGGUUACGGCCAGAACCUGGCCAUGUGGGCUGCGUCCAAUAACAUCCGGAACGUGCCCCCAGCCGACUCGAUUGCCAAGGCGGCCAGCGACGGCUGGUACAACAACGAGCUCAAACUGUACCCCGGCUACGGCGUUGCAAGCCCGGACAUGUCGCGCUUCAGUGACUGGGGCCACUUCUCGCAGCUCGUCUGGGUCGAGACUACCAAGCUCGGUUGCGCCACCGUCUACUGCGAGGCUGGCACAAUCUCGAGCAUGCCGUCGUGGAACACGGUUUGCAACUACUAUCCUCCAGGCAACGUCGCUGGCCAGUAUGCCAAGAACGUCAAGCCCCCUCUUGGCCAUGCCGUGGUCCGGGCCAACUAA